AUGAGCCACGCGGAAAUUUGGGAACAAGUGCGCGAGCUCUACGGAGGAGCAGACAUCAGUAUUCUCCAAAGACCGUAUCAUCUGGCCGUUCCUUGCUGGGUGUUUAUCAAUGAUCGGAUAACCAUGCACACAUCCCUCGUCAUCCAAAUGUUCAUCAGCGAAAACCAUCUCCUCUGGAGCCUGUGUGCCGGUCUGGCUAACUCUCAUGAAGAUCCAGAAUGGACCGAUAUGUUCAAUCUAUACUACCGGGCAGAAUGGGAGCGAAUUGAAGCCGCUGUAGCGAUGUUCCCAGGCCCCGAGCGAUUCUUGCUUCCCAUCAGCCCACCCCCUCUUGCCUGGGCAAUUUUCAGAUACGUUGGUCCUGACCGGUUCAAUGUCUUUGAAGAUGCUGAUGAAAUUGAGGUUCGAGCCUCGCCUGCUAACGUCCGUCACAAUGCAGAUCUUCUGACCCUUUUGGAAUACAUUCAUAGUGACAGGUAUCUCUCAGCCAUGGAAGUCGACGAAGACGACCAUGGUGUGUCUCCAAUUUGGGACAAUGAGACCCCUGGAGGCUUCGCUCCCAUGCCCAUGCCUAUCGCAGUUGGCGGUCUCCAGGGCACAAACGGUAACCCUCCUGACUAUGAAGAAGUUGCUGACCACUACGGCCCUAACCAGAACAUUGACUAUGACCGACUCUCCUCUCCUCCCCCUGAGUACAACGGACGUCGUUCGUUUCGAUCGGAGUAUGAUCCCAUUCCAAUCCCAGGGGCGCCUCCUAGAUACUAUGGCGGCCGCAACACGUAUAGAGCGCCUAGUAGCGUCAGUUCCGUCUCGGCUCCUAGCGACGUGCAAGAGUCUUCUGAUGCUGAGUUGGAUGUGGCCGGAGAAGAUCAAUCUGGAUUCGACGGUGAGCCUCAGGGCUCGAUGAAUGAUUCAUCGUCCUAUAGCAGCGGGACAGGGUCUCCUGCGCAGAGGUCGUCGGUCUCUGCAUCACCCCAUGGUAGCGGGACAGAGUCUCCUGCGCAGAGGUCUUCGGUCUCUGCAUCACCCCAUGGUAGCGAGACAGGUUCCCCGGUCCAGACUGAAUCACCUGCGGAUAGCUCGUCUUCGGGCUCUUCACCUGAAUCUGGGGUCUUUCAGAUGGAUGAAAGCCCGGAGAGGCAGCAGACAGCUAGCGGCGUUUCUUCAUGGUUCCCUAAACUACCAUUCCAGCGUAGUUAA